CUGCUCUGCGUGGCCGGCUGCUUCUCGCCAUGCCUUCUCACAAGACUUUCAGAAUCAAGCGAUUCCGGGCCAAGAAACAAAAGCAGAAUCGUCCCAUUCCCCAGUGGAUUCGGAUGAAAACUGGCAAUAAGAUCAGGUACAACUCCAAAAGGAGGCACUGGAGAAGAAUCAAGCUGGGUCUGUAAGGCGUCACAUGUCAUGAGAUG